CGUCUCUCUAAGGGUCAAAGGUCACCAUGGCGUACGUGAAGAUUCUGAAUUAGUCUUUGUCGGUCGGAGAAAAGAACGGAAAACAAUGAUUUGCUUUCGAAGCCUAAUUCUAACAGAGCAUUAACCCACAUUGAUUUGGAAGCCAACAUGGGCUCCUUAGAUAAGCUUGUUGUGACAUGUCAAGGGCAUUACAAUGAUCCUGAUCUUCAUUUCAAGUUACAUUGGCUCAUUAAACAACUUUCUACCAUAACAGAAACAGAUACAUUAUCUGUUCAUAAAGUGGAGCCAUGGAACAGCAUCAAGGUGACAUUCAACAUUCCACGCCAUGCUGCCACUCACCUACGUUCACUUGCUCAAAAUGGAGAUCCGUCUCUAAGAAACCUUGGAAUUCUUUCUGUUCAACUGGAAAAUGGAAAUGUUAUUGACUUGAAUACAGGGCCGCCACCUCCACCACCACCACCUGCACCAGUAACCCAGCAGCUACAACAACAACAGCCACAACAUGUUCAACAGGCUCAGCAAGCACCACCACAGCAACAACAAAUUCAGCAGCAGCAUCAACAGCAGCAACAGGUACAGCCACAGCAGUUUCAGCAUCCACAAAUCCAGCAGCAGCAGCAACAACAAGUGGCACAGGUUCAAUUGAAUCAGAAUGGAGCUUUUUCAUCCAUUCUUGGGCAAAAUCAAGGAAUAGGCAUGAAUGUAAAUGCCUCCCCUCAGGCAAUGGCAUCCAGAAUGGGCAUGACACCUUCUCCUGGACCAAUGGUUAUGCAGGGGAAUUCUGUUGUACCUCCUUCUCAAUCUCCUAUACCUCAGGGCAUGAAUAGAGGAUAUAGUCACAACACAAAUCAAUACCAUCAAAGAGGGGGCUUUCCGCCAAGAGCAAGUACCCCAACAGCUCAGUCAAUGUCUCCUAAUCCAAUGAGUUCAAUGGCAACUUUGGCACAAGGACAUAACAUACCUCCUAAUACCCAUCUCACCCCAAGCAGUAUGAUGCAGGAUAAUAACCAGCAGGGAAAUAUGUUCCCUUGGGGUCUAACAGGUUUUCCGCAGAGAGGACAGCAACAUCAACAACAGCAGCAACAACAACAACAGCAACAGCAGCAAUGGAAUCAAAUGCCAUUCCAGCCUCAGCAAACCCCACAGCAGCAACAGCAGCAGCAGCAGCACUUGCCAUUUUCCAUGCAUCAAGGAAUGGGCCUUGGAAUGGACAUAACUGCAAAUCAAACCCUACCUAGCUCAAUGGGCAACAUUCAGCAGCCUGGGAUUCCGACACGGCCUCCUCCACCUCCAGCUCAAGUGAAAAAGCCAGCCCCAAAGAAGAAACGCAAGAGCAAGAAAAAGCAGAAUCAUCCUCAAAUUCCACUGCCUCCUCCACUCAUGCCUCCAGACCCACAAACUAUGAAUAAUCCCCCUCCGCCCCUUCCAUCUCAAGAUCCGCUUCAGCAAAGUAAGCCAUCCAAUCUAGCUUUGCCACCAAGUCUCAUGAACAACCCACUCAGUCCAGAUACACCUGUGCAGUCUAGAUUAAUGCAACCUUCUCUGCAAUCAAGUGCAAUGCAUAUAUCAACAUCAAUCUCAACAUCAGCUGGAACAGUUCCAGAAUCUCUUCCCUUUUCUCAAUCACAAGUAACAACUGCAAUGUCAACUUUCCCUUUCUCUGAUGCUUCUGGUUCCAAAUUGCCAAUUCCACAAGGGACAACAAUCCAACAGAGCCAGGCAGGUCAGGUUGGACAGUCUGAAUUGUUGUUUACUCAAAACCAGCAACUCCAAUUGCCUUCGUCACAUGGACAGCAAACCCAAGUUACCAACACGCAGCAAAAUUUUGUUCCAGGACAUCACUUAUUAGGACAUCAUGGCAAGAAAUCUGCAACUGCCUCUUUGACAAGCCCUUUGCUUGUUAAUCUCCUACAGAGUGAUAUUACAGCCACACAGUUCUCAUUUGCUUCAGAAGAGAUAAAGAAUACUAAUGCUUCAACAGUAACCUCAGGAGGUUCAGCAACUUCUAGAAACGAUCAUACGUUACAGCAGUUGCAGCAACAUUUGCAACAGCAACAAAUUCAACAACAACAAUUACAGCAGCAGGUGCAUCACCAACUGCAACAGCAGCAACAGCAACAACAAUUACAACAAAUCCAGAAUCAGCACCCUCAGUUACAAAACUUGAAUCCUCAGCAACAACAGCAACUACAGCAACUCUUCUCUAAUUCAGGACAACCACAGGCAACCAAUGUUCCUGGCCAAUCACCAUUUCCUCAACAGGCCCAAAACAAUGUAUCAAACCAGAGUAAUGCCCCCUACUCCAUGUCCUACCCUCAGCCAAUUUUCAGCACACCACCUAUCCAGAUGGGUUCUGCAGGUCCUACAUCUACUAGUAGUUUACCUGUUUCAACAUCAACCGAGAAGAUUACACUAUCAACCACAGCAGGAUUCCCUGUAUCAUUGCCAAACAAGAUAGGGCCUAGUUUACCAAGCUAUCCUCCUGCUAGACCAGAGUUAAGAGCCGUUCCUCGUGGACCAAGUCCUAGAAUGUCCAUUCCUGUGCCAUCCUUACACUUUGAUCCAAGUAGGACACAGUCACCACAGGUACCUCCGUCAGUUGCUGCUCUUAUAUCAGGAAGGUCACAGUCCUCAUCUCCUCCAGGAGUAGGACCUAGACAGCAGACACCUCCUACUGGAGGAAGAAUGGCAUCAGGAUUUUUGCCGACACCCAUCGCAACACCCAAUAUUACUCCAGAUAUUUCCAAAACGACUGCAUUUCAACAUCCAACUCCCAUUACAGUAUCUGGUAGUACAUUAUCUGCAGCAAGCACCACUUCUCCAUCAACUGCAUCACAGGUCCAGAGCACAGCAGGUAGCAUUAUACAGAGCUCUAUUCCCAAACCAGGAAAUGACUCAAUUAAACCAGCUGCUGGAGAGGAAAAGAUGGAAGAAGAUCACUCUUUUGAUGAAGAAUCUGCAAUGGCAUCCAUGACAGAAGCAGAGAGAGAUACGUAUGCAAUGGCAGCAAGGAUUGUUCAAGAAGUGAAAGAAGAAGAGGAGCAAAAGUUCAAAAUGAUUACUCCAACUGUAAAAACAACAGCUCUCUCAAAGAAGAAACAAAAAACAAAAACUCAUCUGCUUUCUCAAGCUUCAGAAAAAAUAUCUUCCCCAAUGAGCCCUAAUCCUCCAGCUCCUCCACCUCCUCCAAGUACCAGAGAACUGUUGGGUAACAUCUCUCAUCCCAUUAGUGGAGGACAAGUUCAUAAAGGAGAGACUCAUACUUCUAGUUAUCCAAAUAUUCCCUAUUCAAGAGGAUUCCUUGGAGGAACAAAUUUUCCCCCGAGUGGAGCACCACCAACAAGCAGUACAGCAUCUCAAGGGCUGGUUCAACGAUUUGCUGGAAGCCCCAGAGGCAAUAUGACCGCCCCUCCUCCGCGCAUGGCAGCUCCACCCACAGUCACUUCUACUCAACAAAUUACUGGGCAGAAUGUGAAUGUACCUGUAACAUCCAUGCAUGCUGGUGGGAGCAUGGUAAAUCCGGUCAUUGGGCAAGAGAGUGAUCUGAAUUUUAGUCUGUCUUCUUCAGCCAAAAGUCUACCACAGCCUGCAACAAUGACUUUGACUUCCACUCCAGCAUCGACUGAUGGUAUUCAGACAAUCGAUAGAAUGGUAGACUUAAGUAGGCAAAUGGGAUUUGGUUCCAUGAGUGUUGCUGAUCAAGUGCUUGGUGCUCAGUUACAACAAAUGGCGAAAACAGAGUCACAUUCAUUUCCUCCUGGAAAUCAACUGUACCCUUCUCAGGGUACACCUCAUCAAAUGAAUCCUGCAGUGGCUAGUCCAUCCACGACUCAAAGCAUGUUACCUCCAUCUCAAGCACAAACAGACUUCUCUGGCAAUCAACCUCUCAACUGGCCCCUUGGCUUGCCACCUUCAACAUCAACAAGUAUGACAUCUGAAGGGCUUCGUUUCAUGGAAAAACUGGCCAAUAAUCCAAGAGAAAGCCAGUUGGUGAGGACAUCAUCAAAUCCUCCUGUGUAUGGCACACAAGUGAGUGAACCAGGAGGGAUUGAGAAGAAAGAUGAUAAAUCUCAUCUGAAGGCUUUGCUGAGUGAAAUCAAUGUACUCCCACAAGUACAGAGUGCUGCAACUACAUCAAUAGCUGCGCAACAACCUGUAACAUGUGUAACAGCUUAUUCAUCAGUACAAGGGCAGAGUAUGCAGCCUGUAAUAUCAAGGGUAGGAGCCCCCAUGCAGAGACCAACAGAAAGCCAACAUAAAGUUGAGAGCAGAUCUGAAGUUAAACAGUUAUUACAAGAAGACAUCAUGAUGAAUAUUGGACAAAUGGUAGCACCAACCCAAGUAGAUUCUGCAAAUACCACAGGAAGUGCUGUUGAAGGACCAUCCAUUAGUAGAUCAUCUGAUUUGGGAACUGUAGUUGUUAAAAAAGAAGGUCAUGAGCAAACCCUCAAACAAGAUGAAAUGCCUAUCCUAAAGCCUUAUGGAGACUUGUCAAGUCAAAUGCAGAAUACCAUACAGAUGCCUAAAUUAGCAGGAACAGCAACUGGGUCUUCUGGUUCAAACCAAGCAAUAACACAAGGUGUUCAACAAAUAGCAUCUCUACCAAAUGUGCCUGCAACAAUAUCAGGUUCUGUCCCCUUACAAUCUCCUGUUCCCAAUCAGCAAAUGAGGAAAACACCCCCAGCAACAAUUGCAUUGACCCCUUCAGAUAGCCUUCACAUUUCUACUGCUGAGCAGCCAAAAGUGCAGGGUCAAGAUAUUCACCCUGUUCCUGGGGUGUCACCAACCAACCAAAGUGGGCUUCCAACAAUCUCUGGUGUGUCACAUGUGGGAGAUCCUUCUAUGGAACAGGUUUCUAAAGUGCAAUCCUCAGAGGCAAAGUCCCCUGGGGCAUCAGCUGAGCGAAAUGUAAGACGUCAAAGAAGUAUCAGCCCCCAGAGUGAUCGAGCCUUCAGCAGUGCAAGCGCAUUAUUGAGUUCUAUUGCAAAGUCUGCCAGUGGUAGAACAGUUUCUGGAAGUACAGAAAAACUCUCUUCCUCGGGAAGCAGCGUAGGAAGUGGUGGUGGAAAACAAUCGCCUGUUAUUUCUGAGCCACUCAGUAUUUCUUCAUCUCCAACUCAAGCACCAUCAGUGUCCUCACCUAUGCCAAUUUUGCAGCCUCAACUUGCUGAAGCUCUUGGAAGUAUACCCGACUCAGCUGACUUAACUAAACUUGCCACAUCUGCCAUUCGUGGUUUGAGUCCACCCCGCAUUCAUGAGGAAGAAAUCAAACCACCCCCUCAACACACAUUGGACUUUCCUGCUUUGAAGCAGCGUAGGAGGCGCUCAUCCAGUGGUAGAUCAUUGACCCCACCUAGAUCGGGAACACCUCCUUCAAGCUACAGACAAGGGAUAAUGGGUAGUUCCACUCUGAUGAGAGGGGGUACACCUCCUGCACAGACUGAUAGGAGACACUCACCUACAGUUUUAGGAGAAGUCAUGGGUGGUCCUGCGCAUGGUAUGAGGUCUUUGAUGCCAGUAUCUCAGAGAAUGAUGUCCCCUCUUAAUGAAUAUGGCCCUUAUGGCGGACAUAUGAUGAAGAAUAUCCAUCAACAUCAUUCAUUUCAAGAACAAUUUACUGGGCAGAUGCAUGGUACUUCAAAUCUUCCACCUGGCUUAAUGGAAUUACAAGGACAGCAUCCCAUGUCUCCACAUUUCAUGGGAGGUGGAUUACCUGGAAGUAAUGUUCACCACUCCUCUCAGCCUGUCACAACCUCACUGCAGCAAGGACAAGCUGCUCCAAAUCAGCUUGUGUCAAAUGUGACAGAGCCUGCCACAAUGAGUCAUCCAAGUGUGACCACACAAGGAAUGAUACAAAGCCAUCCUUCAAAUGUACACCAGUCAUAUGCUAGAGGACCUGUAGGCAGUCCGAGAUCAGUCCAGUUCGAUCCAUCGUCAGUACCUCCGGGGGGUUCUCACACUUCACAGCAGCUUCCAGGAAAUAUUGAGAGUGGAGCCAUGCAUUUACAAAGUCAAAAUGAGGUACUGGCAAGUAACAUCGGUCAACAGCAGAGUGUUAUGCAACAGGACUGGUCCCAGCAAAGUGAUUCCAGUAGAAGCCUUGGUGUUCAAGGCCAACUUCCCACACAAGCCCAGGUCCAGAUGCCAAGAUCUUUGCCUGUAGCCAAUUCAACGCUUAUGUCAACUCAAUCAAAUCAGCAAGGACCAGCUAUUAAUGCUGCGCCUGUUGCAACAUCAGGUUCAGCAAUUCAUUCAUCUGUGAAUCCUGUACAAAGUACAGUUCCAGAAGCUGCUGUUACUUCUCAAGUUACUGCAUUUUCUGUGAAAAUUACUGAGAACAUUCCAGUACAUCCAUCUGCUUUGCCUCCAAAUCCUAAUGUGUCUUCUGUUCAACAAAACAUUGCAACAGCAAGACAAGAUACCAAACCUAUUCCAAGUAGUACAUCAGCCCCUGCUCAGCAUCAUCAGACUUCAGGAACUCUCAGUUCUGCAAGUACUGUUCUAGAUGCCAUCAACAAAGCCCAGGUCACUCAAGAACUCUUUCCACCAACUUCCCAAACCACAGCCACCACCAUAUGUCCAGAAACUCAAGUGACGAGUACACCAAUUUCUGAAGCAGCAAUACAACCUGUGCUUCCAGUGCUACAGUCAGAUGGCCCACCAACCCCUGUCCAUAUGGAAUUAGGAAAGGACCAGCCUGCCAUCACAAAUGUCAGUAAAUGUGAAGAAGAGCCAACUUUACCAGUAUUGACAAGAGAGAUGAGUGACCCUAGUUCCAGUGGUGAUAAAGAGAGCACUCAAUCCAAAGCAUCCACCUCUGUGCAAGGUAGUGGAACCCCUGAAAUACCUACCUUAUCAUCAGAAAGCAAAGACAAAGAUGAUUCAAAGACACCAUUUGACACUCCAAAACCUACAUCCCUUGAGAUGUCUGAGGAAUCUGCCAAAGCACCAGAGAUACAGCUUCCUGGAGCCAAAGAUACAGCAUCAUCCAGUGAGGGUUUAAUACUUAAGGAAGUGCCACUUCCAGACCAUGAGGACACAGAUUCUACAAGCUCACGUUCAGAAACGCCUAAAUCACACCUGUCCGAACCAACUACCGAGGAUACUUCUCCAAGCAUUAGGACAAGGCGGUCUGGUCGAAAGUCUCCAGGGGCGGCCACCACACCAGGUGUAGAAGGUGGUCCAAUGGGAACGAGAACCAGAAGCUCAAGUGGAUCUUUAGUUUCUACUUCUGAUAAAGAUGGUGAUGGGAUGUCUGAUCAGGAUGGUGUGACUACACGGAAAAGGAGUAUGAGACACAAUGCAAAAGCGGAGAUGUACUAUGGGCCUAUCCCUGCUUACAAGAGAAGAAAGACCAAUCAGAAAUGAAUACAAGUUUCAAGAUGAGGCUGUAUUGCUGAGGACCCGGACAUUCACACCGUUUUCACAUCCCUUUGAAAUGCAUUUUAAUUAUAGCACACCUUUUUGUGGGUUGUAAGACUUCAUUUUUGUGAAACCAGUCCCAAGGUGUUUUUGUGAGGAUGAAGUGCAGAGGUCAAGACACUUAACUGAUGUGGAAUCUUUUCAAAAGAAAUUUCCUGCAAAUAAGAUGAUGGAUUGAAUUUUAAAUGCAAAGUUUUGAUAUUGCCUAAAAGCUUAUCCAGACAAUCAAUUAGAAUAUUAAGAAACUGCAGGGGUGGCACCAGUGGUGACGGGCAACCACCCUCCCCCCCCCAUUAUUUUUCAAGUUGUUAAAAAAAAAAUCUCAUAAAAAAAAAGAAUGUAAGAAGUAAGCAGAAUAUAGGUCCGGCCAUGUAACUCUAAUUUUGAGGGCAUCUUGCCUCCCCCCACCCCCUCUCAUCAAAACAUCCUGAUACUGCCCUUGUGUAAGUGAUUAUGAUUUGCUACUUACAUGAACAAUGGCAAAGUACAAAGAUGCCUAUGCUCUUUAAUUAAUGAUGGCAAACUUACAUGUAUCAUAAUAACCAUAACUGGACAGUAAAUCAUGAUACAUGUACAUCAUGGUCAAUAUCAUUUGGGUAUUCAUUUUUAGUUUAUGGGAAACUUUCAUCAGAGAAUUUGUUUUCAUUUGGAAGUUCAGGGAAUAAUUUUCUUGGUAUCGCAUUGCAGUUUGCUCCACAUUUCUGAAAGACUGCUAUGCAUAAAGUCUUUUGUAAAGCUUAUUUUUACAUAGGACUGUACAUAACCGGUACUUACUGUAGUUGAGAGUUUUUCUCUUAUGACCAAAAAUGCUAUUCGAAUUUGUAAAGCAAAACUGUUCCCUGCAGUAUAUCUGCCCAGAGGACCAUAGCUGUGCAUGUAUGACUUCUGACCCUCUCUUAUACUGAAUGUCAUAUCAGGGAAUAAUUUUGUUUUAUAAAUUAUAAUAGCAUUUUUGGUCAAAAAAGAAACACUUUCAAUUAAGUAAUGUACAGUCCUAUGUAAAAAUAUGCUAUACAAAAGUCUUUCAAACAUGUGGAGCAAAUUGUGAUGUAAUACCAGGAAAAUUAUUCCCUGCAAAUUCAUACAUCGCUGACUUUCAUGCAUAACAUUAUGAACGGCUUGAUUUACAUUCCCAGGACAGAAUCAAUAUAACACAUGUUAUGCACUGUACAAUGUAUAUACCACACAUAUUAGUCUUCAAGAGACUGAGGAUGAGGUGAUGAAUGUCUUUCACUUGGACAGCUACUUCAGCUGACACACCUCUUAUGUCAUGUUAUUGCACUUAUUUUCAGCUUUUUUUUCUUCAAAAUUCUGGUGUCAGAAAAUCAUAAUGCUUUUUCCAUGGAAGCCGAAUGUUCCCCAAUCAAAGCCAGUCAUUAGACAUUGGUUAAUAUCAUUUUUUGUUGUUGUUCUGGUGUUGACAUUGGCAGCAUAGUUCAGAUCGCUUUCCUUUGCUUUUAUGGCAAAUUAUAGUUUACAGAAAUGGUCCAAAUUACAUUAGCUCAACAUCUUGAGGUUUUGUCUAAUACCGGCUUCAUUUCAAAAUUUGUGCAGUGCUGAAAAUUAUCACAACAAUAACACUGAAUGGUUGACACCAAACUUUGUACGGCCUUUGUAUACUGAAAAACAAUCUAAGUCUUGGGAUUAAGAUACUGUAUUGGAAAUUGAUAAGAGGUUGAAUUAAAUCUAAAUUAAAGUAAAUAUCUGUUCAACUUCAAGGGGGAAAGCUGAACAUUUGAAUAGGCUAUUAUCUGCUUAUCAAUGGAUGAUGUAAAAGAAGCGGUGACAUUGUUGUAUUUGAUUAUUUUUUUAUCACCUUGAUGAAAGUUAUUCUUAUUGCAUCAGAAAUAGCCCCUGUAUUAAGACUAUUGGAUUUCAGAAUUCAUGUGUCAAAAUAACAUGAUUUGCAUGCCCUUGUGAUUUGCUACUAAAUGUAUAACCAAAACUUGGUCCAAUUAUCUUUUAAAUGUGUAUAGGCAGGGUUAAUAGCUCCAUGUUUAUACAUACAAAUAGACUAUUUGGAUUUCUUGACCAAAUCUGUUUCUAGACAUGGUUGGCAAAAUGGUGCCAAGUAGUAACAGGGAUAUUGAAACUUAUCAUCUCCCGUUUGGUUAAUAAUUUUGUCAGUGGUCAUCAAAACCACACAUGUGACAGUGCAAACCCAUUUCCGAGAAAAUAGACUCUAAAGUUUACUGUAAUUUUGGAAAGACCAAGACAAUUACUCGACAUUGGUAUCCUUAUUUUUACAUAAAACCAAGGAUCUGAGAAAAUCUCGCGAAAGGGCUACAUGUUUGUAAUUUCGGUUUGAGCGGCUUAAAUUUUCCCUGUACAAAAGCGUCUUAGGGAAAAAGCGAUUCAAUAAAAAGUGAUCAGUCAAAACGUAUCGCUUUUUCAUGUGCAAAGUCAAUGUAGUGCCGAUACAAUGGUUUGACUGACCGCGCAAAUUGAAAUCGCAGUCAGUCAAAAUGUAUCACUCUGUUGCUCUAAUACAGAACACGUUUCCAAUGGGAUUUGCUCAUUUGCAAAUUCCCUCAUAUCUCAGAAACUAAACUAAAAUAAAUUACUGCCUAGAAAUUUAGUCAUGAAUAGAGUAGGACUUGUACUUUCCAUUUUCUGCAAAAAUCCCAAAAUCAAUUUUUUGACCAAAGUUGACUGAUACGAUGGUUCGGAUGAACGCCGAUGAUUUGUACCCAUUUAUAUGUUUAUUGUAUUCUUAAGUCUGUAUACUCACAUAACUAGAAUGGAUAUAAAUCCUUAUGAAUCUACUUUAAGCCCAAAUUCACAAAGCCGUUUUUAAAACCCAUGGUAGAGUUUAUGCAGAUUUCCUGUAUAAAUUACGCUUAUUUUAUCGCAUAUGUUAAAAAAUGUCCAGUGCUGAUGCACGCUUUUGUCACAGUGUGCCAAAGUAUCCACAUUAUUUUAUUCAUGAGUCCACUCUUCAAACAGUGGACUCGUGAAUGAAAUAGCAUAUCUAACCAUGGUAACAGGCAUUAAUUUGGUGCACUGUGACAAAAGCGCGCAUCAGCAUAGGACAUUCUUUAUACACGUUCCCGAUACGUGCUAAAUUAAGCGUAGUUUAUACAGGAAAUCUGCAUAAACCAUGGACUCAACCAUUGGUUUUCAAAACCACCUUUGUGAAUUCGGGCCAACAUGUUUGAUAACAUAUCAGAUUGUGAAGAGAAAGACAGAGAAUGCCUACAGAGGUGUAUUGUAAAUAUUUUGUGUUGGCCAUGAAAUCAUGAAAUUCUAAUUCGAAUGCUAGAUAAGCAAAAAGAAUAUUCAAUAAUGUUUGCAUUUGUUAUUUUGUAUUAUUGAGUUUUUUAAACACAACAAAACAGUAAUAAAAUGGCUCAAUGAAUAAGGAUGGUUGAUAAAGCUUUUGAAUUGAAGGAAUCAUGAAACUUUCUUGUCCGAAAAAAGGAGAAGAAAAUUGAGAAGAGUAUUCAAAGAAAAAAAUCAAGUGAAAUCUUGGUAGAAUAUAAUUGAUAUAUGUAUGUAUUAUUAUAUGUGUGGUCUUUCUAGAUUUGAAUGUUUUUUGUUU